UGGUAACAAUGUCGGUUAAACUGCUUAAAAGGUUUGCUGGAGCUAAUUUAUUGUUACUGCUUAUUGUCUUGAUUGCCGUGCUCUGUAUCGUGUGGACAAUGCCGGAUAACAAGCAAAUAGACAAGGAUACGGAGAUCUGUUUGAAAUAUGAUAACAAAAACAUUAAAUGUGGUAGAACUACAGAUCUGUUACUUGAAGUUUUUGAAAAGGAAAUUUCAUCUGCAUACGCUACAGCUGAGGAGCGGGAGAAAAUUCAAACAGAAAAUUACAUAAAAGAUGUUUUGAAACACGAUGUACAGUUGAUGAAUGACUAUAAAAACACAUUGUGGGACAUGAAGCCUUCAGCAAAAUUAGUUGGCAUACGUGAAAAACCAGAACAUCAGCAUGGUAAUGCUGGAAUGACAACGGUCACAUGUUGGCGUCACGACAAAGACCUUUAUUACACAACAGGGUUUCAGAGAUACGGAGUUAGGUUCCAAAAUGGCCGAUUAAUUGUUCCCGUAAGCGGUACUUACUACAUAUACUCGUUCCUAGGUCUAACAGAACGACGUCUUAAUGGCGAAGGAAUUCCUUUAGAAUCAAACAAUACGCAAGAGAUAAAACAUGCAAUGCAUAAGUUUAGCGUACUUGAUACUGCUGAUACUGAAAUCGCUUCAAAUGUACAGUCUCGUAAAAACGCCACGCGAGGUCACUUUAAUUAUUACGCGAGUCAAAUAGCGACGUUGGUUAAGCUUCGUGCUGGUGAUGAAAUAUCAGUGAAGCUAAACGACGUUACACUUUUGCAACACAUAGAGAACAACUACUUUGGUCUGCAUCUGAUAUGACAUCUCUGGCACGGGGGCAGCGUCCACGCCGCGCCGGAGGGAUGGAAGCACCAACGAAUGCCCCAUUGGUUAAUGCUCCUAGAACUCAUGUUCAGCAGCCAUAUUGACUUAUUUUCAUUGCUUCCUUCAACUAUUAAGUUGGUCAUGAUCCUGGUUCUAGGGAACAUCUGCAUCUGUUUGUCAAAUCAUAGUGCAAAUUUAUUUUGUGUUUUGUUUCUUUUUACAUUUCAUAAAUUAUAGUUUUGUAAAUUAAAAUAAUGAAACAAUGCUAAAUUGGAAAAAUAUUUUGAAAAAAAUGUAAAUGCUGUAAUAUGUAAUUCUCGUAUAUAAUUGGUGAGAAAGAAUCUAUGGUUAUAAAUAAUAUCAAAUAAAUGAGGUUGUCUCA